AUGCGCGUCCUCUCCUUGUUUCUCUCUGUCCUUUCAGUGGGCGGCGCCCUGGCGGCCAAGAAGUCCGUCAAGGCCGACAGGUUCUCCCACUUCCACGACAAGUCGCUAGCGACCUCAUCGCCUGUCAAGCUCGACGAUGCCUCGUACCAGAAGCUGACCUCGACUCCUCGCGACUAUGCCUCGGCCAUUCUCCUGACCGCAAUGGAUGCUCGCUUUGCGUGCCAGCUGUGCCGAGAGUUCCAGCCCGAAUGGGACCUUCUCUCCAAGAGCUGGCUCAAGGGCGACAAGAAGGGCGAGUCGCGCCUCAACUUCGCGACCCUCGACUUUACUGAUGGACGGGAUACUUUCCUCAAGCUCGGCCUCCAAACCGCACCUGUCCUCUUCUUCUUUCCUCCGACUGUUGGCCCCAAUGCUCCCUCCUCCCCCGAGCCACUGCGAUAUGACUUCUCUAGCGGACCCCAAACUGCCGAGCAAGUUCAUGCUUGGAUCUCUCGACACAUCCCUGAUGGUCCGCAUCCUCCGGUUAAGCGCCCUAUUAACUGGAUGCGGUGGAUUGCUGGCACGACUAUGACCCUCGGAUCCGUCACUGUCGCCUUUGUCGCCUGGCCCUACGUUCUUCCCAUCAUCCAGAACCGCAAUGUCUGGGCCGCCAUCAGCCUGGUCUCCAUCCUCCUCUUCACGAGUGGCCACAUGUUCAACCACAUCCGCAAGGUUCCCUACGUCGCUGGCGACGGCAAGGGCGGUAUCAGCUACUUUGCAAGUGGCUUCCAGAACCAAUACGGCCUGGAGACUCAGAUUGUUGCUGCCAUGUAUGGUGUCUUGUCUUUCGCUGCUAUUGCUCUUGCGCUUAGGGCGCCAAGGAUAGCCGAUGCCAAGACCCAGCAGGUCGCCAUUCUGGCCUGGGGCGGCAUACUGUUUGUUAUGUACAGCUUCCUCCUGAGCGUCUUCCGCAUCAAGAACGGUGGCUACCCCUUCUCCCUGCCGCCCUUUAUGGGAGUCGUGGGCCUGGCCGAUGUCGUUAUCCGGUGCACGACGAAGCUCUACGAGCUAGUCAGGCGCAUAUCAACUGCCUCACAGUCUGCAGCGAGGCUACAAGCUCUACUGCAAGAGUUUGUCGGCGUCAUUGGGCUCGUCCGUGAAGACUUGGAACAGGCCCGCAACCCAACCUGGAAACCUCACGAGAACUGCGAUCAAAUCCGGCGUCAAGUCUACGUAUCACUGAGAGCCCACGAGCAGAUCAAAAACUUGCUCAGAGGCAAGAGCACCAGCCAACUUCGCCAAGGUUGGCUGCAAAUAUUCAAAAGCAAUGUGGCAUUCGCUCUCAACGAAGCUCAGAUUAAGCAUGGUAUCAAGGCCAUCAAUCAUCACCAGCUGACUCUGACAAGCUCGAUCCAAGUUCGUACGAGCCACGAUGUCAAUCUCCUACAUCGACAAAUGUUGGUCCUCUCUCAAGGCAUACAAAACACCAACCAAGCCAUCGCGGUGUCGACCCAGGCCUCGCAGCAAGAGCUUGUGUCGUCGCAAAAGUGA